UGGCGGUACCAACAACAACAACAUUGGAGACGGUCCCGUCCCGGCGUCAGUGACAGGUACAGCCGGCUUGCUGUCCCAGGCACAGCACCCCAUGUGCUCAACAUACUCUCAAAAGCACUGUUAGAGGAGAAAAUGUAGAUGUGUAGAGUAAUCUCGCUGUGAGUGCAGUGUAGCGGGGGCUUGCGGUGGUGUUGACUUCCUGGAAACCACAGGAUUAUCCAGGUGGAUUGUACACCAGGCGUUGUCCCAGGUGUGUGGGGGCGUGUACCCCAGGCGCUGUCUCAGGUGUGUGGGGGCGUGUACCCCCCCCUCCGGCGCUGUCUCAGGUGUGUGGGGGCGUGUACCCCCCUCCGGCGCUGUCUCAGGUGUGUGGGGGCGUGACACGUGAGGCAGCACCCUGGAGGAGAUGAUGUCCUGCGGUCUGCAUGGCGGAGGAGGCGCUGCAGGGAAGGAAGUCACAUACUACGAUGACUGAUGAUAAAGAGGAGGCAGAGAGUAUGUCGUGUGUGGUAUGCGAAGAGACCUUUGACACCGAGGGGCAUCGGCCUGUAGCUCUUCCUGGAUGUGGCCACACCUUCUGCAGACCCUGCCUUGUCAACUUGCAGAAGCACUCCACAGUUCUCCUCUGCCCCACCUGCAGGCGACCUCAUGAAGGGGUGGAUGCAUCCGGCCUUCCCACCAACUUCCUAGUCAUGAAUCUGCUCUCAGGCGUCUCAGAGAGCGAUGAUGCCAUGUUGCAUGUGAAAAAUUCCGACGGUAAUGAGAAGAAGGUGGAUGAAAACCAAAGCAGUACUGAAGAAGCUGGUCAUGAUACUGAAGAGGACGAGGAUAACAUAGUGAGGAAAGACUACACUGGUAAACACAGAGGGCAAAAUGGCAAACAAAGAAAUGAGCCUCAAGAUUGCCCUUCAGCUGUGUGCAACUCUUCAAGAGGUGCUGAGGAACUUCAAGAAUAUAUCUGGUACAAGGACUGGAAAAUAAGACUAUUGUUUGGGGUGUUUAUUUUAGUCACGGCAGCUAUUGGAAUUGGAGUGGCCUUAGGAUGUAAUACUUAUGUCCUUAAUCAGAUGGGAUUCACAUCUACUGGAAUUGUGAGGAAAAGUUACGCUUCCAAGUUAAUGUCCUCCACUUCCCGCAGCAACAACGGAACCAUUCCUCCGGAGAGCUGGGUGGCAUGGCUGCAAAACGCUGGUCACAAAGGCUUUGAUUCCAAGACUCAGGCAGGCCAUGCACUGCUGGGUGCUCUUGCCGGGGUGCUGGUUGGAACACUCACCUUCGGGGUCAUGGUCGCUGUGUGUCUGGGAGUACGACGCUGUAGAAGCACCAGAACUGAACAACAUUUGCUGGUAGAUGAUGUGCCACUAAUGACAAACAGUGAAGUAAUUAGCAGAAAGAGGAAAAACUGAUACUAAUAAUACCAUGCUAUCAAUUUUUUGGCAAGUGCAUAUUCUUUGUGAAUAUUUUAUUUUGUAUCUUAAAUGUGUAUGGGAAAUUUAGUAGCAGUUUAUAGUUUUUGAAGAUACAGAAAUAUUUAUUUACUUUGUCGUUUUUAUCUAUGGUAAUGUUAGCUAGUACUGUAGUUACUUAGGUUUGACGCCUGUACCUUGUAAUGGUGACUUGACCUUGAUCAUUGUCAUUUACUAAUAGUAAUGCGUUGUGUAGAGAAUAUAAGCAAUGUAAAAAGGUCCUAGCACACUUAUUGAGAAAAAUUCCUUGUCUUAGUUUUGGGAUGUGGUGAUCUCAUUGCCAUUCGUUAAGUAGUGCAAGAAUUCGUACUUAGCUAGUAUUCACCUAGUUGUGUUUGCAGGGUUUGAGCUCUGGCUCUUUUGGCCCACCUUUCAACUGUCAAUCAAGCUUCUUUUUUUUCCCACACACACACAUAACCAGGAAGCAGCUUGUAGUAGCU